AGCGUUCAGGCAUUUCAGCUUUUGGAUGACGCGUCUGGUUGGGCUGCUUCUGGGGCAGGUCUGGCAUGCUGCUUCCGAGGUCCGGGGCCACCUGCAGCCCUUCGGCGGCUGGGCGGACGGGGAGCCCGUGGAGGAGAGGGGCGACGUGCCGGACCCGGAGGAUUUCUACACCGAGUACUGCACCUCGGACGGAGGCCAUGGGAGACCCGUGGUCUUCCGCGGGGCCGCGGCCAGCUGGAAGGCCAUCAAGUGGACCGACGACGAAGAUCUCCUGUGGAGGUUCGGCUCCCAGCGCGUCACCGGCGUGGAGCACAACCUGAAGGAGACCCGAGCCGGAGGUCAGGUGGAUGGCAUGAACACCUUCGGGGACUUCCUGAACGCGUACAACAACUCAGACAUCUACAUGGUCUCCAAUGUGCCAAAGAAAAUGAUGAAGGAGGUGGAGUUUCUCCGAUGUAUGGAGUGCGGCGGGUAUUUGAGAUUCUUGGACACCCAAAACUUCUGGAUGGGUCGAGGGGGCAGCAAGUCGGUUGUCCACUACGACGACCAGGACAACAUCAAUUGCAUGCUGGCGGGUGAGAAGCGAUUUGUCUUCAUGCACCCGUCUUACAAGAAAGACUUCGAGGCACACCCAAAUAGCGCAAAGAACCGCUUCGGCUGGGUGGACACGGAUUUGGACAGGUCAAUCCCUGGUUAUGGUGCCUUCAUGAGAAUCGAUGUGGACAAAGUGGAUCUCAUCAAGUACCCAGGCUGGCGCGAUGUGAAGUGGAGCUACGCGGAUCUCAGACCUGGAGACUGUAUAUACAUCCCUUACCAGUGGUAUCACCAGGUCACAGCGAAACCUGGGCGCUCCAUCAACGUGCACGUUUGGUACUGGCGCCCAGCUGCCUUCGACGCCGAGAGCUGCAAGUCCGGGGCUGGGGCGCGGCCCCGGGGCCCCGAGCUGGGGGGAAGCGCGAAACGGGAAGAAGCGCGAGCGGGGAAUGCCGGCCGAAUCGCUGGUUUGGGGAAAAAUCGUCCAGAGUAAGCUCAGAAACUUCCCUGCUGGCACAAAGUGAGCGUGUCCUUGAGAAUGCAUGCACUGCGGGCGAGAAAGCUAAGAAAAAGCCAGAGAGCACGAGAACUGAGGUGCAUGAAUUCGGAUGUGGCACCCCCUGCGUUUGUGG